AUGGCUUGUAGGAUGAACAACUUGGCUAACCAGGUAAAGACUCUGACCUCUAAAGAAGACGAGACAUGCGAGGAUGAUAAAUUGAAGCAAACUUCAAAGAAAAAAGUGUACAAUGGUAGCAAUAAGAACAAUACUAUUGCUAUGGAAAAAGGACAUCUUGGGUUUGUUAAGGUUAACAUGGAUGGAUUGUCAAUAGGGAGGAAAGUGGAUCUAAAUGCUUCUUCUAUAUAUGAGACUUUAGUGCAAGCACGGGAGGACAUGUUCGAGUGGAAAUCAAGAAAGGCCACCAAGCUUUUAAAUGGAUCAUCUGAAUUUGUGCUCACUUAUGAAGAUAAGGAGGGGGACUUGAUGCUCGUACGAGAUGUUCCUUGGGAGUAUGCACCUUUCAUUUCAUUCUAA